UUCUCUGCGCUAAUUCCUGCCAUUUGCAUUCAACCAACUGCGCUGUCAUGUAGGACUGUGAGCUUGUUUCGAACUCGUAAUUCUUUGCGGCUGAUCCCGAGCCGCAUUGGUCAGGUCUGGUUAUGUACGUUGCAGCAACUUGGAUAAUUUUUGUUGCAAAUGCAAUACUAGCUGUCAUCAUGAUCGCUCGGUUAUAUGCCAUGUAUCAGGGAUCCAGAAAGGUGCUGAUGAUUCUCAUUGCCAUCUUCCUGACUGUCUAUAUUGCCGUCGGACUGGUCUCCGGGAUAAGCGAAGGGCACAGUUCGAUCAAGGAGCUCAUACUUUCUGGCACCCACCAGUACAUUCUUCAGGAGGAGGAACGCAGCCUGGUGCUUAUGAUUCUCGUGGUUUGUAUACUUACUAUGUGUGAAGUCAUCGCACUUUGUUUUGCACUCUGGAUUGCGGUAAAGCGCUGCCGUGAAUUACGACGAUACUCUGCAGGAGGCUUUGUCGAGGGCUUUUUGGGGGCGUUAAUGAAAAGUCAUAUUAUUCAUUUUGCGAGCUUUGUUGUUAUGUCUUGCUUCCAGCUCGGGUUAUUAUCCCACAGGAUCACAGGGGACCCAUAUUUCCUUGAAUAUCGGGUUUAUUCUGGUCUUUCUCAAACUUUCUCGCUUUUGCAACUGUUUGUGCUAGGACCACGUCUGAUCAUUGACGUUCGAGAAUAUCACGCAAAGCUCAUUGCUGACUCCGAUGCACCAAUCGGCAUGACUUCAAUUGCUUUCCGGGAGCGCGUGCACGUGUCAACUAGCAGUACUGUGUAGCACGAGUGAUUGACUGUUGUUGGGUACUCUGCAGGGCGUACCGUAGCCAAAUAGUAUCAUAGUAGUAAACUAAGUUGGCGAGAACGGCACCGGAG